CAGGGGGUGGUUUAAACAUGACACCUAACACACAGGAUGAAUAUAGGAUUAAAAAAGAAGAUAUUGAAUUGUACAAAAAAAUAAGGAGGGAAGUUGAACAAGAAUUCAUGGCAAAAUAUGAGCCUGUGGAUUAUAGAUCAGUGACCAAAAUUGAUUUUCAUAAAGACGUAGUCCGGUUACCUCCAAGGCCCGAACCAAUGCUUCAUGAAAUGGUUAAAGAACAACCGGUUACAUUUUGGACAGAACACAGGGAUAAAAUGCAUGGUAAUACUCAUUACAGUAUAAAUCGUACCACUCCGUUUGGACGUAAUGCUGCUUUUACAACACCGAUUGAUCAAUAUUUGAAUAGUCGGAUGCCAUGUGAAAUGCAAGUAUAUUCACGUUAAAAAAAUAAUAACAAGAAGUUGAAUGAGGCAGUUGCCUCUAUUUAUUUAUACCAUUUAUUUAUAACUGUGCAUCAUUUUACCAUAAUAAAGCAAAAUAAUUAUACUGCUCUAAUUUUUCGGAGUAAUUCAUUGUAUUGUAUGCUAAGAUUGGUAUAUAUGAAAAGAAUAUGUGAGAUCGAAAUGAAAAAAC